CGCGCUUCCACCCCCAUGACACAGUCAUCCCACCACAUCUAUAGGUAUAAGAAUCAUGCUUUCCCCGCAUUGGGACCCCGUAUUUUUAUCCUCGACCAAACAUGGCGCCCGAGGUCAAGUCUUUAACUGAGCUUCUUGAGAAACGCGCACGCGAGAACCCUGACCAGCCAUUUGUGUACACAGGCAUCCCUGAGAGCGACAACGCCAUCGUUCUCCAUAGUCUCACGUACUCUCAAGUCAAGAAAGCUGUCGAUCGCCUGGCAUGGCAUUACUUAUCGCUCGGGCUUGUUCCCCCGGCUGAUCAGGGGGGCCUCCCACUCAAUCGCGUAGUUGCUGUCUUCACGACCUCCUCGAUCGACGAGACGUUCCUUGAAAUUGCUUUGGCGAAAUUAGGGCUUUGCGCAUUGCUCCUCUCUGUGAACAACUCCGUGCCUGCUGUCGCGCAUUUGUGCAAGCUCACUGCGUCCACCCAUCUGAUCUACGCGGACCGCUUCGCUGCGGAGGCUGAAGAGGCCAAGGCGAUCCUUGACUCGCAAGGUCACAAGAUAGUCCUUGUCCCGGACCAGCGAUAUCCACUCUGGGGCACCGGUGGAGUUGAUGAGUCGGAAGUGGAGCCGAUGGCUCCAACUCUGUCGCCCGAGCAAGAGGCGUCUCGGACGGCGGUAGUUCUGCACUCGUCGGGAUCGACCGGCUUCCCCAAACCAGUAUACGUCACACACUCAGGUCUCAUUGCCAAUAUCGCCAUCAACCAGAACAAACCCGGAUUCAGCACGCUGCCCGUCUACCACGGUUAUGGCCACUUUUCUAUUUUUCGAUGCAUGUAUUCUUUGAAGACCGUUACUCUAUUCCCGGCGCACCUGCCGCUGACGGCGACCAACAUCACCACGGUCCUCAGCGCCUCGCCACCAGUGAAGCAACUCGUCGCUGUUCCCUACGUCAUCAAGCUUCUGGCCGAGACGAAAGCAGGGACCGAAGCCCUUGCCAGCUUCGACGUUGUCAGCUAUGCAGGAGCCGCUCUUCCAGAUGAUCUCGGAACCCGUCUCGUCGCUGCCGGUGUGAAUUUGCUCAGCAUAUAUGGCACUACCGAGACCGGCAGUCUGCUCAACUCCGACCGCGAGAUGGCGACUGACAAAGAUUGGAACUGGCUGCGUGCCAAGGGGACUAUUGUCGACUAUCUCACCAUGGAAGCCCGCGGGGACAACACUUUCGAGGCUGUUGUGAAAGACGGCUAUCCACCCAAGGUUCUUGCUCUUUUCCUGACUGCGCAACUGCUGUCUGACAGUGCGAAGAUUGAAACGAAUCGGCCGGAUGGCUCGUAUGCCACGAAGGAUCUCUUCCUCCGCCACCCGUCCCACGCGGAUUGGUACAAGUAUGUCGGCAGAUUGGACGACACACUUGUUCAGACUCUCGGAGAGAAGACGAAUCCAGUGCCGAUAGAACUGUGCAUUCGGGGUAACAGUCCCUAUGUGGCCGAAGCCAUCGUAUUCGGCGCUGGCAAACCUCAGACCGGAUGUCUUAUUCUUCCCUCCGAGGCAGGUAAAGACCUGUCGCAAGCAGAAUUGUUAGAGAAGAUCUGGCCUGUCGUGGAAGAGGCCAAUGCAGCAGCUCCCACUCAUUCUCGAAUCUUGCCUGAUAUGAUCGAGUUCCUCCCAUAUGGUACCGCGGUCCCUGUGGCUACGAAAAUGUCCAUUCUUCGACCGGCAUGUUAUGCCAAAUUUAAGGAUAUCAUCGAGGGCGUGUAUGCGCGCUUCGAGCACGAGGACGACGAGAGUAAAAAGCUCAAGCUCGGCAAAGCUGAACUCGAGGAGUAUAUCAUGCGGACAAUCGAGAAGACCCUGGGACAGGUCAAAGCAGCCAAUCUGACUCGGACUGUCGAUUUGUUCGCGUUUGGCGUUGACUCGCUGCAAGGCACGAGAAUCAGAAACGUCUGCCAGAAGGAACUCGACCUGAGCGGACAAGUGCUCGGUCAGAAUGUGGUCUACGAGUACCCAUCGGUCGAAAAGCUGGCCGAUCACAUGCUGGGUCUGCGCCAGGGUGCGGAGACUGUCAACGCCUACGAAACGGAAAUGGUCGCUAUGGUUGAGAAAUGGCUGAGUAAAGUCGGCCGGCAUUCCGGUACCCGACAGCGAGCGGAUGCCUCUCGGGUUGUUCUCCUGACCGGUGCCUCCGGGUCAUUGGGUGCCCAUAUUCUCCACCAGCUUGUUUUGUCGCCUUCAGUGCAGCGCGUAGUGUGUCUAUCCCGUGCCGAAUCCCACGAAGAUUCUCUGCGUCGGAUCCAGGAGUCGAUGGCCGCGCGUAAACUGCCUGAUCCAAGCGCCAAGCUGCAGUCCCUGGCCGGAAAUGCGAAUGAGCCGUUGCUUGGCUUGACGGAGCAGGAAUACCAAUCGCUGUGCGAGGAAGUGACGGAUGUCAUCCAUAAUGCAUGGCCCGUGAACUUUGCCCUCGGCCUUGCCAGCUACGACGCCCACAUCGGAGGCACGGUGAACCUGAUCAAUCUCUGUCUCUCCUCGCCAUUCGCGAAGCCGGCAUCCUUCUUCUUCAGCUCGUCGAUCAGCUGUCGGCAAGGCGGCCCGGAAUCUGAAUGCUCGGAGGACUUUUCGGAGACGCCGAGCUCCGCUGCAGGAACGGGAUACGCGAGAAGCAAAUGGGUCGUAGAGAAGCUUUGCCAGCGAGCGGCGGAGCUCACGGGACUAUCUGUCGGGGUACUGCGCAUCGGCCAGAUGGUUGGAGACUCUGUGAACGGUGUCUGGAACGAGACUGAAGCAUGGCCGUUGAUGUUCAAGGGCGCUCAAUCGUUUGGGGCGCUUCCCAUGGUCGAUGAGCAUCCGUCUUGGCUGCCUGUCGACUACGCUGGCAAAAGCAUCACUGAAAUUGUACUUUCAGCCCCACACACAGCCACCGUCUACCACAUCGUGAAUCCAGACACGAGCACCUCCUGGAAUGACAUGCUGGCGUUCCUCAAAUCCGCUGGUCUCAACUUCGACGCUACGGAUCGCGGGGUCUGGCUCGAGAGAUUGGCGGCAUCUGACGCGGAUGGAGAGAAGAAUCCGGUCAUUAAACUGCUGUCCUUUUUCCGAUUGCGCUACACAAAGGCGUAUCGCAAACCUAUGGAUUUUGUCACGACGAACACCGUCAAAUACGCGCCUAGUCUCGGCGCUGCGCCCCCGAUAAAUGCCGACUUGGUCAGCAAGUGGGUGGACCAUUGGCGUCUGACCGGAUUCCUCCAGUGAACCGCUGUAUCUACUAAUCUGUAUGUGGAUAGAUCUGUC